AUGUCUGCUCUUGCACCCCCCACGCGGCCCACGUUCCACCGUGCCGCCAGCACUUUUGUCGACGAGAUCGCGACAGCCCGGACCGACCUCUCUCGCAAGCUGCUCUUGGGCGACUCUCCCUCCAACGCCAGCCCGGAUUCCGAGUCGACGCCGUCUUUGUUGAGCCCCGGCAGCGAUUCGUCGUCAUCCCCGAAAUCGCUGGUCGCCGGCUCCCCCAUUACUCCGCCUGAGGAUGCCGAGAUUGUCGCCAACAGCUUCGCCUUCGCUUUCGAUAUAGAUGGUGUCCUUAUCCGGGGCGGGCGCGUCAUCCCCGAAGCCAUUCAGGCCAUGAAGGUCUUAAACGGCGAGAAUGAGUAUGGGAUCAGGAUUCCAUACAUUUUCCUGACCAACGGUGGCGGCAAGUCUGAGGCAGAGCGAUGCAACGACCUGUCGAAACAGCUUGAGGUCGAGAUAUCGCCGGCUCAGUUCAUAUGCGGUCACACCCCGAUGUCCGAGAUGGCGUCCAAGCACAACACCGUGUUGGUCGUUGGCGGCGAGGGUGAGAAAUGUCGCCAUGUCGCCCAAAGCUACGGCUUCAAGGAUGUUGUAACGCCUGGCGACAUUAUCAAGACUGAUAGCGCCACCACCCCGUUCCGCAAGUUGACUCCGGAGGAGCACAAGAACUCCAAGACACGUGACUUCAGCAACGUCGCCAUCGAGGCUGUCUUUGUCUUCGCCGACUCGCGCGACUGGGCUGGUGAUCUACAGAUUAUUCUUGAUCUCGCCAUGUCGAAGGGCGGCCGCAUCGGCACCCGGUCGGAGGCUUUCGACGAAGGCCCCCCGAUCUACUUCUCCCACAAUGACGUUGUUUGGUCGGCUGCCCAUGAUCACGUUCGCCUCGGCAUGGGCGCUUUGCGUGGCAUUGUCGAGUACACCUUCAAGGAGGUUACCAAGGGCAAGACCCUCGAAACCUUCGCCUUUGGCAAGCCCCAGAUUGGUACCUUCGAGUUCGCCACCCGUUUGCUCAAGCGCUGGCGCAAGAACGCACACAAGCUGAAUGCGCCACCCGAGACUGUCUACUUCGUUGGCGACACCCCCGAGAGCGACAUUCGCGGUACCAAUAACUACAAUGAGCGGGCCGAGAACGAUUGGUACAGCAUCCUUGUCAAGACGGGUGUCUACCAAGACGGCACCGAGCCUGCAUACAAGCCCCGUGCCACGGUGCACUCCGUUUUGGACGCUGUGAACCACGGCAUCGAGCGCGAGAUGAAGCGAAGGCUUCAGACCUCUCCACCCAUGCAGAAGCCCAAGAUGCCUGAAAUUUCCAAGCUGUCUCUUGAAGACGGCGAGGUGAGGGUCUUCAGCCCUAUCGAGGAGCGUACCCUGGCGAUGUGGGCCUCCUAG